CAGCAGGCCCCGCCCCGGCGGCCUCCGGAGGCCCCGCCUCGCUAGGGACCCGCCUCUCCCCGAGAAACCCCGCUGAUCGCGCUGGCCCUUCCCCCGCUAUCUGUGCAGAUUCUGCUGGUGCCAAGGCCAUGGCGGUGUCGCGGCUCGCCUGGCUGCUGGGCCGCGAACCGGACGCCGUGUGGAGAGCGGCAAGAUUAUCCGUACUUUGUCAUUCUUUGAGGAAAAUGGGUUCUCAAGGAGGAAAGCCUGAACUCAUCAAACAAUCCCUUAAGAAACCAAAGUUACCAGAAGGUCGCUUUGAUGCACCCGAAGAUUCCAUUGUAGAGAAAGAACCAUUGACAAAAUUUCCAGAUGAUAUUAAUCCUGUUACCAAAGAAAAAGGCGGACCCAGGGGCCCAGAACCGACCCGAUAUGGGGACUGGGAACGAAAAGGACGCUGUAUUGAUUUUUAAGCCAUAUAUUAUUUUACUUCAGUAUCUUUUUCAAAAUAUGUAUAUCUACAUUAAAUUAUUUCUGCUUAUCUAUUUAUUUGUAGCAUUUGACUCACAUAUGUAAUGACUUUGGAAGAAAAUACGUUGCUAUAAAUUAGGAAAAUAUUUUUAUGUUCACACACAGUUUUAAUUUAAAUGUGUUGAGAUAUAUGAGUGGUGGUUAGAGCUACAAACGUUAUUAUGAUCCAGUUUAAUCUGUUGCUUAUAAAAUUCAGAUGUAAAUAAAACAAUAUUUUUUCAUGAUUAUGUUGUUAGAUAAUGAUGACUUUGGGGGUAGGGGCUGUGGGAGAUUGAAGGCUACUCCUGGCUCUGUGCUUGGGGGUUGCUUCUGAGUGAUUGAAGUACAGUUUAGUGCUGGGGAUUGAACCGGAGUCAGCUGCAUGCAAUGCCUUGUACUGUCUCUCAGGCCCUGGUAAUAAUGACUUUAAAUGUGAGCUAAAUAGUACAUUACAGGCUAUUGUGACAAUAGAAAAUCUUGAAGAAAAACUUGAAGACAGAUUUCUUGGGUUUAAAUCUAGUAGUAGAAUACUUAAUAGGCAUGUAAGUAAUAGAAACUUGGGUAAAUAACCUCAUCUCUGUAUCAUAUUUUACUUCAUAAGGCAGUGAAAAGAUUAAAUAAAGAAAUAUUGUCAAUUGUUUGAAUUACUGCAGAAACAUAAUUUCUCGCUAAGUGUUAGCUAUUCUUAAAUCAUAAAUGUAUUGUUUGAUUCCCAAGGCUUUCGUGGAGAAAAAUAUUAAGAAAAAAAGUUUAAUAACUGAAAUUGAUAGUUAAUAAAAAAAAUCAAAGGAU